UUUUCUGGUUUUUUCAAUAAAUACCCUACCCAUAAACUUGUUUCUUUUACAUUUUCCAAAUUCAAGAACAAGAAAAAAAAACUUUCUCCUCCUUUCUUUGAGAGUUGAGACAAAGGAAACAUGGAUUUCAUCACCGAUCAAGUAAAGAAGAAGUUCUCCGACAAGAAACCGGAGAGCUCUGGCUCGGAUCCGGAGCCAAACCACAACAAGAACAAAACGGAUCACACCGAGCCAACAACACAUAAACCAGUUUCCAACACCGAUCCAUCAGCACAUAGGCCAGCUACCAACUCUGAGCUCAUGGCUAGUGCCAAGAUCGUCGCUGAAGCUGCUCAAGCCGCUGCUCGUAACGAGUCAGACAAGCUUGACAAAGCUAAAGUCGCUGGAGCCACAGCUGAUAUUCUUGACGCUGCUUCUAGAUACGGUAAGCUCGAUGAAAAGAGCGGUGUUGGUCAGUACCUCGAAAAGGCUGAACAGUAUCUCCACAAGUAUGAAACUUCCCACUCUCACUCAUCCGGCGGUGGAAGCCACGGUACUACUGGUACCGGUGGAAACCACGGCGGUGUUGGAACCGGUGGAAGCCACGGUGGUGGAGCUGGAGCACCGGCGGCUAAGAAAGAAGAUGACAAGUCCGGAGGUGGUCAUGGGUUUGGAGAUUAUGCUAAGAUGGCUCAAGGUUUUAUGAAGUGAUUAAUGUUUUGAUUAGUAGAUUAAAAAUAAUUAUGUUAGUAGUUAUCUUCCAUAAUUACUUUUAGUAAGCUGUUGUUUUAUGAAUUAUAUAACUGUUGGAUACUUUGAUUUGUGUAUGGUUGAGUAACAUUAUGAUGCUAUUAAGUACUUUCUCCA